AUGGGUGGCUUCUACGAACGGCUGGUCGGAUUAGUGAAAAGAAAUUUAAGGAAAACAAUAGACAGUCAUCUUCUUACAUAUCGACAGUUGGAAACGGUGGUCAUCGAAGUCGAAUCGGUCAUCAAUUCGAGACCGCUCGGAUUUGUUGGCUCGACAUUGGAUGAUGGAAUUACAUUAACACCAGCAUUAUGUCUGGGUAUCGAUCAUCGGACUGGGUUUCCAGAAAUCGAUAUUGACGAGGACGAUGCAGAUUUUAAAUUAAAAGAAGAUUCGUCAGAAACAUUACUGACAAAACUCAAGAAAGAUCAGAAAGUAUUAGAUAUUUUUUGGAAAACAUUUCGAGAUGAUUAUCUACUUAGUUUUCGAGAAAGAAAAAAUGAAAACAAAAUUCGAGGUGCAGCUUGCGAUGUACCCCAAGUUGAUCAAGCAGUUCUGAUCAAAGAAAAUUUGCCUAGAGGAUUGUGGAAAAUUGGUUUGGUUCAACGUAUAUUGCCUGGACCGGACGGCGAAGUGCGGUCGGCGGUAGUGCGCACGUCGAAGGGCAAACAAUUUAACCGAUCGAUAAAACUACUGUAUCCCUUAGAAUGUAUCAACAAAGAAGAAAAAAUUGUUGAAAAGGUAACAGAUAUUAACAAUGGCGAAGAAGAAGAAAAAGAACAAAUAAAUUUAAAAUCGCAACGUGGAGCGGCCGAUCGAGCCAGAAAAGCUACUUCCGAACUUUUUCGCCGGGAGUGUCGCGCCCAGCGCGAUUUUGAUAACUAA